AUGAAGUUUGGAAGGGUGCAGUUGCUCCUGAUUGUGGCAGUUCUGUCCUUCCUUCUGAUCCAAUUUCACUUCCUACCCAGCAGCAACAAUGCCCCGAUGGAAGAAAAACCUUCCCCAGUCCACAUCCUCAUUCUCUCCUCCUGGCGGUCAGGAUCUUCCUUCACUGGACAGAUCUUCAGCCAGCACCCCAGUGUCUUCUACCUGAUGGAACCUGCAUGGCAUGUGUGGGUUAAGAUGUACCAGAACAGCGCCGAAGUCUUACACAUGGCAGUGCGGGACCUAGUCAGGUCGGUCUUUCUGUGUGACAUGUCUGUAUUUGAUGCUUACAUGUCUAGCCAGAAAAAAAAGUCUGAUUUAUUUCAGUGGGAGACAAGCCGAGCUUUGUGCUCCCCCCCUGCUUGUGACUCUUUCAGUCGCAGUGACAUCAUCACUGCAAGCAAUUGCAAAACAAUCUGUGGCAAGUACCCAUUCAGCAAGGUGGAGGAAGCUUGUAAAACCUACAGCCACGUUGCCAUCAAGGAGGUUCGGUUCUUUGACCUGAAAGUUCUCUACCCUCUUCUCACUGAUCCAUCCCUGAACCUCAAAAUCAUUCACUUGGUACGGGAUCCUCGGGCUGUGUUCAGGUCCCGAGAGAAUACAAUGGCAAACCUGAAACGUGACACUAGCAUCGUUGUGGGGUCCCAGGGGACAAAAGGAGAAACGGUGCCCUACAACACAAUGCAAGUAAUCUGCAAAAGCCACGUUGAGAUUUACAAGGCAGGCAGUCAGGCCAUUCCCAGCUUCCUGAAAGACCGUUACCUGCUGGUUCGCUAUGAAGACAUUGUCAGAGACCCACUAGCAAGGGCUGCUCAGAUGUACAGGUUUGCAGAACUCCAUUUCACACCAGAACUUCAGAAAUGGGUGCACAACAUCACCCAUGGGAAGGGGCAAGGAGCACAAGCCUUUGAUAUUGGGUCCAGAGAUGCACUGAGAGUAUCCCAAGCCUGGAGGAAGACCCUCCCCUUCCAGAAAAUAGAAAAAGUGCAAAAUGUGUGCAAGGAUGCAAUGGACUUGCUGGGCUACCGGCUCAUUCAGUCUGAAGAAGAGCAAAAAAAUAUGUCACUGGAUCUUUUGUUUGCCCAGAACUCCUCUGAGUAA